AUGGAUACCCUACACGUGGCCAUCGUCUCCAGCCCAGGAAUGGGACACCUCAUCCCCGCCCUUGUCCUCGCCCAACGCCUCGCCGCCCACCACAACGUCCACGUCACCGUCCUCGUCAUCACCGUCGCCGCCACAUCAUCCCCACCGGAGACGAGCUCCUGCCUCCUCCACCUUCGCCACGACCUCAUCCAUGUACUCCACCUCCCCCCGCCCGACAUCUCACGCCUCGUCACCCCUUCCACCCCAGUCGUGGCCCAAAUCUGCCUCACCGUCCGCAAGUCCUUGCCCCUUAUCCGCUCCGCCGUCGCCGCCAUGGACCGCCGCCCGGACGCACUCAUCGCAGACUUUUUCUGCACAGAGACUGCACCCCUCGCGGCCGAGCUAGCCAUUCCCAAAUACGUCUACGUCCCCUCCACCGCCUGGUUCACCGCCCUCACCCUCCACUGCCCGGUUCUGGACCGAGAGAUCAAGGGUCAGUACGUCGACCAGUCGGAGCUCAUACAAAUCCCAGGCUGCAAACCGCUCAGACCGGCUGACGUGGUUGACCCGAUGCUUGACCGGGAUGCGCCGCAGUACGAUGAGUACCGUGCCAUGGGGGAGCGGUUUCUUCUGUUCGACGGGAUUCUGCUCAACACGUGGGAAGAUUUGGAAUCCUAUACCCUCAACGCCCUCAAAGAAAACGAGGCUUGGAGAUGGUCGAUUCCGGUCCACCCAAUCGGCCCUCUCACAAGACCGGUCGACCAAGUUGAAGAGGGCAGCAACAGCAGCAGCAGGAAGCUCAUGUGUUGGUUAGACCGUCAACCGGAAGAGUCGGUUGUGUUGGUGUCGUUCGGGAGCGGGGGUACUCUGUCUGAGGAUCAGACGCGUGAGCUGGCUCGAGGGCUGGAGCUGAGCGGGCAGAGGUUCGUGUGGGUUGUGCGGCCGCCGAGCGGGGGAUCUGCGGACGGCGCCUUCUUCGACAGUAGUACCGGGCACUGCUCUGUGCAGAUGUUUGAUUUUCUGCCGGAGGGGUUUCAAGAGAGAGUGGGGGACAGGGGGUUUCUGGUGGCAGGGUGGGUCCCGCAGGCGGCUGUCUUGGAGCACAGGGCGGUGGGAGGGUUUGUGUCGCACUGCGGGUGGAACUCGACGCUGGAGAGCGUAACGAGAGGAGUGCCGAUGGUGGCGUGGCCGCUGUAUUCGGAGCAGCGGAUGAAUGCGGCGUUGCUGGCGGAGGAGGCAGGGUUGGCACUGCGGGUGUCGUUGGGAGUGGUGGGCGGGGAGGAGGUGGAGGGGCUCGUGAGGGGGCUGAUGGGAGAGGGUCAAGUUGUUGUGAGGGAGAAGGUCAGGCGUUUGAGAAGGAGUGCGAUGGAGGCCUUGAAGGAGGGUGGGACAUCGCACAAGGCCAUGUGCGAUUUGCUGCACACAAUCAAUUUGAGAAAAGCAACACAUUCAUGA